AGAGUAUGACGGGGGGAAAAUUAAAUAUAUGAGACUGAUGGGACUGCACCGAAAAAUCCAGCGACUGCGUCGGAGAACCCUGUCGACAUUCAUCUCCUCUUUAGUCACUCCGUCGACCUUCCUCCUCUACGGCAUUCACCUCAAAAACGCCGUCCUUAAAUAGCAAGCUUCUCGUGGCAGUUAGAUUCGAGGAAAAUGGUAACUCGAUUUACAUUCUCUCUGUCUCCAGAACGGUCAAAACACCGGAUACCAAUCUCCUUGUCCAUUGAUUUCCUAUUAGAUGCAUAAAUUAGCCAAUUUUCACUUACGGAUUUCAACCGAUCCAGUGCCUCCACGUGUCAUCAAUAUGUUCCCACACUCUCUCUUGCUCGCCGUCUACCAAUUAUCUGCAUCGGGUGUUGAAGCCUCCAAGAACGCCAUUUUCGCCCCAACGGAAGCUUACUUGGCACUGAUUCUCUCUACGUCUCUCAAAUCAUGAGCAGCUUCAAUAAUUGAUGGAGUCUGUGCAUGAACUUGCUUAGCUUCUUCGAAAGCAUGGGAUGUUAAUCAGACUAUUCUCUUUGUUUCAAGAGGCUGCUUUUAAUAGAAUAAUGGAAUAAGCAGGUAAGUAUAUUUUCUUUCUUUUAAUUCCUGUUGAUCAAGUAUGAAUUAAAUUUUAUAAUUUAGUAGUGGUAGAAGGCAUGUUUCGAGAAGUUUAAAGAAAAAAGUAGGGUAGACUUGCGAUGCAACAACACAUUAGUGGAGGCUUGUGGGGGCUCACAUAUUUGUUUCUUUUCUCCUUUGCCCUUUUCAAUUAUUAAAAUUGAUUGUCUUGUGCCAGGCAACCACAUACAUAACUGUUAGAAAGAUGAUAUUAAGGUGUAUAAAUAUGGUAGAGAUAUGUUCCACCUCGUUACCUUUCUCCCUUGAUUUUUCUUGUUCAGUUUUCUGCAUAUCUUAAUAGUAUAGCAGCCAUGGAAACUUCCCAGCCUCUUUCAAUUGAAAGUUUUUCAUACAGUUGGUUAGUAAACUUGAAGCCAUCUUUAGAAACUCUUGAGAAUUCCCUUAGUGCCUCACUUGAGGGUGCAUGUGAUGAAGCUUCCUUCAUUGAGAUGGACCCAAGAAUGCCGCCAUCGAAGAGAUUCAUUAGAAAUUCCCAGGACUUCAAGUUUGAUUUCCCUAGCUCACAAACUCCUCUUGCUCUUGUUCAUGCUGAUGAGCUCUUUUCCAAUGGUUAUGUAAUGCCUCUCGUUGUUGAUCGAUUGAAGCUGGAGGCAUAUGAGGCAUCACAUUCAUCUCUAACCUUGCCUUCUACCUCUUUGCAUGGAUCAAAACUCGUGGUUCCACCUUAUAAGAGAAGAUGUUCCUCUUUGAGAAGAUGUGGAAAAGUAUCAAGGAGAAUAUUUCAGAAAUAUUUGGAUUUUCUUCUGCCGUUAUAUCAAAGAAUACGUGGGCACAGAUCAAAUUCUAAAGCUGAAACUGUUGAUGCAAGAGUUUGUGUAAUGAACAACACCAGGGUAUAUUCUGCAGAAACAACUCCACGAGUAAGCGUAGCUUACUCUGCAGAUGAUUGGCGAAAAUCUUGUGAUUCGGAAAUCUCCAUUUACGAAGCAGUUCUCCAUUGUAAAAGAUCUAUUGGAAAAUAAUUUGAAGCUUGGUGUACAACUAAAGUAGAAGGAGCAUGUGAAGUUUCUUGUCCUUUUUUUAAUCAUUUCUUAUUGAGAUGAUAAUGAAGUUUGUCCUAUAAGGGUGUAGAUAGAGAAGCCUGUUAGGGUGGGCGGCCAUGCCUGAGCCUGUGUGAAAGGAUCUAAUUAUUCAAAAUAUGCGAUAAUUACAAUUUUUGUUUUGUCCUUUCUCAUUAUGGAAUUAGAGAUAUUAACUGAAAAGAAUCUCUCCCCCUAUUUUUGUAAAGUUUUCUUUUCCUCUUAAUCAAAUCAUGAAUACUAUUUUAAUAAAUCCAUUUUCUAGAAGCA